ACAACAGCCAACAGUUAAUCGGCUCACUCUUUCAGAAAGAAAAAGAAGAAAAAAGAAAAUCAAAUCCCUACCUAAUCGUCUCCGGCUACAGCCUUCGGUGGUCUGUGGUCUCUCUUCUCCCGUGAGUUCCUUCCUUCAAAACCUCCGUUGGUCAAUCCCUCUCUUCCAAUCGUUACUUCAUAGAGGGGUUCUUGUAUCAAACUUCAGAUGCAAAGUUUAUAGGUGUGAAUUGUGGUCUAAGAGUUAUGGGAAGUGAAGAAGCAAGAGACCCUUUUAGAGGGGUGGAUUGGAAAGCUGUCGGUACUGAUAUACAGAAGGACCCAGGUAGUAAACCAGUUAUAAAGAAGCGGCUCCCAAAAAAGAUGAGGCAAAUUCCAGAAUGUUACUUCCUUCCUCGGAGAUCAUUACCUUCAGCCAUUGGCUUUUAUGGAGCUUGUAUUGCUGGAGGAAUUGGUGCGGGGAUGCUACUUGAGAUUUGGAUUAAUAAAAAAAUUGCAGAGGAUGGAGGUGUUAUAUGGGAGUUUGAUAAAUAGAUCUUAAGAGGAAAAUGCAUUUACAAUGGCGUUUAACCCUCAUAGGAUCCCCUCUCCAAGCUAGAUAGAAGGGUUUCUCGCAUUCCUUUAAGAUGUUUAUUCAAGAGGCGUCCGCUAUAAACAUAAAUGGGACUGUUUUCUAAUCGAGAGCAAGAGUUUACAAUCAUCUUGUCUCUUUUUGUUUUGGUGCUAUUCUUCUACACUUUGAAAAGCUUAACCAAGAUUUUCUUUUGUUGUUAGAAUAAAAAGCUUAACCAAGAUUAGUAUUUAUCUUGAAACUGAUACAAAGAAAAGGUUCGCAUUUGAGUAAGAACGUUGUAACUAAUAUAUUCGUGUUCCAAGAAGCUUACAAGAAAAUUGCAGCUGUGACCAUGUUAUGAGGAAAUCUGAUGAACAAUGCUACAAAUUUUGCUAUAAUAUCAAUGUUACUUUUGUAGAACUGUAUAAAAA